AUUUCUAACUGACACAUAACGGUCACACUAUUCCCAACACGUGCUGAAUUGUUUUCCUUGCCGUGUUUUGUUUUUCAUGUGAGAAUUACCCCGAAAAAUGGCCGAGACGAGCGGAAAGAUCAAGUUCCUGGUGGCGGACACCACUGCCUUUAUUAACGCCGUGCCCCUGAACGAAUAUGCGGAGCAGGUGCUUACCGUGCCAGAUGUGGUAGCCGAGGUGCGCAACAAGCGUCAGAUACGUCGCCUCUGCGUCCUGCCAUUUGACCUACAGGUGCGCGAGCCGCGCCCUGAGAGCAUCAAACACUGCGUGGAGUUCGCCAAACGGACCGGUGACUAUGCGAGUCUUUCGGGGAUCGAUCUUAAGGUCAUCUCGCUCACCUACGAACUGGAGGCGGAUACCGUAGGAACCGACCAUCUGCGCAAAGAACCCGUAAUGGCCCAAACUAUCGCUUCCAAGGAGAAACCCGAGGAAAUGCAGGAUGCUAGUAACAAGAGGCUUGUUGGUUGGUAUAUGCCCGAAGGAGAAGAAGAGGAAGACUCCGAGGAGGAGGAAGAAGACUCCCAGGAGGAGGAUGAUGGCGCAGAGGAAGAAGACGAUCAGCCAGAAGGCGAAGAAGACACUGUUAAGGCAGCCAUUGAAGCUCAAUUAGCUGGCAAGAAACCCCUAAACAGCCAAUCUGUCCAAUUUGAGGAGGAUCAGGAGCCCAGUCAGGAAGAACUAGACAAGCUGUUCGAGAAGCUCAAAUGCGCACCCAGCGCCGAGGAAGAACAGGAGCUUUCGGAACUGCUUGUUUCCCAGCCGGCAGAAGAAGAAACAGAAGAGGCAGAGCCACAAGAGCCAAUCAAAAGCCAAAAUCUCGAGGAGGAAGUGGGUGAUGAUGGCUGGAUCACGCACUCCAAUAUCAAGAAGGCCAAGAAAGCCCUAGAAGGCAAAGUGGAAACCGACGAAGUACCGCCCGUGGCUUGCAUGACCACCGAUUACGCCUUACAGAAUGUCCUCAAGCAGCUCAAUCUGCACCUGGCCGCCCUGAAUGGCAGGAUCAUCAAGCAGCUACGCACAUACAUACUGCGUUGCUAUGCCUGCUAUAAGACCACCAGCAUCAUGACCAAGGUCUUCUGCCCCAACUGCGGCAACAAAACACUGAAAAGGGUGGCUGUUAGUCUGGACGAGAACGGCCGUCAGGUGAUACACAUCAAUACGCGCCGGCCGCUGACCAACAAGUACAAGAACCAGAGUCUGCCGCGUUUCCAGGGCGGCAAGCACUCAAGGAACCCGAUCCUGUUCGAAGAUCAGCCCAUGCCCAGGCAAAUGCCAUCGCGCGUGGCCAAGACCAAGACAAACGCUCUGGAUCAGGAUUAUACCUCUGGGUUCUCGCCCUUCGUACUGCGCGAUGUGGACUCCAAGUCCGCUAUGCUGCGCUCCAAGGGAAACCUCAAGGAGUGGGCCAGGAACAACAACUUUGAGGAGGACCGCCGGCGCAAGAAUUACAAUCGCUUGUAUAAAUAGGCAUUUGGGAAACUACUACUUGGCAAGAUGGUAUUAAUAUCUCUAAUAACAUUUUGUUGACUUUCUAAUUUUAGACUUUAUAUAAUCUGUAAUAUAUAAAAUAAAAAAACAAGGGAGAACCUUAAUCUUUAGAUGAAAUAAAUGCAUUUCUAAACCUUUACAAGGCAAAAGCUGAGCUACAACUUUUAAGCUUUUGACCAGAGAAACUGUUUUAAAUAUUUAUAAACAUUUUUUUGAAUAGAAAUAAACUAUUUUUCAAACUA